AUGCUUCCAACUCGUCCCUUUGACGACCCCGCCAGAGCUGAGCUACAGAGCACGAAUGCGCGCACAAGCCGACUGUAUGAUGCAGGCCUGAACCAACUCUUUACCCCCCCCCCCGAAAAACAUGGCUCUGCUGCGCCGGAGCCGGAUCCCAGCCACGGUGCGGUUUUGUUUCUGCCACCUCUCAGUACUGGUAAACAGCGCUCAACAACACCUUCUCUUAACAAUGGUGGCAGUGGGCCAGGAGCGUCGGCCCCAUGGUGGUGA